AUGUGCGGGGCCCCCGCCCCGGUCCUGCUCUUGGCCCUGUUGACACUCUGCAUCACUGCGGGGGCCCCUGAGGUGUGGGUGCAAGUUCAGAUGGAGGAUACCAACUCCCUGUCCUUCACCAUCCGCUGUGGAUUCCUGGGAUCUGGCUCCAUCUCCCUGGCAACUGUGAACUCUGGGGACCCUGAGGAUGCUGAGGGGACUCUGCUGGCUGUGUUGCACCCAGAACUGGGCACCGAGCUGCAUCCCCCUACCCGUAAAGCCCUCUGGGAAACCAGAACCAGCAUCCUUCUCAUCCUGGAAGAGCCUGAGGGGAGAAGCUUCUAUCCCAAUACAACCUUCUGCUGCAAGUUUAUUUCCUACCCUGAAGGCUCCCAGAAGGCCUGUGAAACGCUCCCGUUCAGCAAGGACAAAGGAAAUCUGGCCCCUGAGGCCGUGUCCAUGCUGCGGGCAGACCUGGCUGGGAUCGCCGGGGCCUCCGCCAUCAUCCUCUUGGGCUGCAUCUAUCUCCUCUACCUCCUGCAUCGGCAGCGGCAAUGGUCUGCCAUGAAGCUUCAGCCAGCCCACAGCAGCGCCCUGACCCAGACAAGAGCAAGGAUGGUCAGCCAAGCCUCCCUUGCUUCCCUUCACACCCCCUACGCCACUGUCAGCAACAACUACGUUUACCCACCAACUAUGGACACAGUCCCCCUGCCCCAACUGCUGUCCUGGGGUCAAGGGCACGCCAGCUCCAGUCCCCUGUCCCCAGGGCAGCCCGGCCAUCCUCAGCUCACCACAGUUUCAUCUCCAUGGAAAAUGGACUCUAUGAUCAGGUUGAAGAAAGGCCUCUCUACAGCAGACCCACCCUUAUCUCUUUCCAUAACUCUCUGGGACCCAGAAGCAUUGAGGGGAGGGGCAGUUAGAGGUUCAAUGAGAGACACCCAAGUCCCCUAGGACUUCUGCUCAUCCUGGGCCCCCAGACCCUGUCUGGGGAUCUCUAUAGCACCCCUUCCUUGGGGUCUGUACACCCCGUUUCUGUCUUAGGCCUCCAACAAAUGUCCGCACGUGCUAGGCCAGGGCUUACUUGCCAUGGAAGUCAGCAUGUGAAUAUAUGUGGGUACACAUGAGUAUUUGGGGUGACAAAACCAGGUUGUGUCCUCUUUUAAAGUCCCAGCCCUCUGCAGCGAUGUCAAAAACUAA